UACAGUCUCCUUAGCCCUUUUCUUUGUACUGCUUUGUGUUUUGAACCUCAUCAAUCAUUUUCUUCUUGAACUGGUAAAUUUACAUCUCGCUGAAUGUUACAGGUAACCUACACCUACCUAGCUUGAAAUUAAAGUCUGAAUCAAUCUCUUGAGUAAGUUCCUUUGUUCAUUUUCGGCUAAUUGUUGCCCGUAAUUUUGACGUACUUAAACACAUUUAUAACGCUUUCAAGUAAUCUUGACCUCCCAAAUCUUGUUGGCUCUGCCUAUUAUUGGGGUUGGGGCAGAGUAUCCUUCAAAUUGCAGCGCGCAUGACUUUAGUUUGCAGAAGUACCAUCACCAGAUUCAGAAAUUUAAUUACUUCCAUUUCAUAUCGUGGAAGCUUGACACCCAGCACGAGCAUCCCCUUCCCACGCCCACACGUUUCACCUGCUUCAGUCUGUAACACCAAUUAUAGAUUUGGUCAAGUGAGCUGCAAUAGAAAUAUGGCCUCUUUAGCAACUGCAGACAUUUGUGAUUCAAAUGCAAAACAUGUACCAACUGGUGAAUUGCGUGUAUUGCAACCAAUUUUCCAGAGCUAUGGUCAAAGGAAAGCAUUCUCAGGUCCCAUUGUGACAUUGAAGGUCUUUGAGGACAAUGUGUUGGUGAGGGAGCUUCUUGAAACAAAAGGGGAAGGAAGAGUUCUCGUGGUAGAUGGAGGAGGAAGCACAAGAUGUGCUUUGGUGGGUGGAAACUUGGGGCAAAUAGCUCAAAACAAUGGGUGGGCUGGCAUUGUGGUGAAUGGAUGCAUUAGAGAUGUUGAUGAGAUCAAUGGAUGUGACAUCGGUUUGAGAGCCUUGGCGACGAAUCCACUGAAAUCAAACAAGAAAAGAAUAGGUGAAAUGCAUGUUUCUGUUUAUAUUGCAGGAGCUCUGAUUCAUGAAGGGGAAUGGUUGUAUGCUGAUAAUGAUGGGAUCCUUGUGUCCAAGACUGAGUUGUCUAUCUGAAUUCUGAAGCAGCGCCAACUUCUUCUCAUAAUGCUAUUCAAAUAAACAGGAGUGGAAAGAAAUUAUGCAAUGGUCGUCAUAGCCUUCAUUCAUUGGACUUUUAUGGGUGGCCUAUAAAAGUAUUGAUGUGUGUAAUGUUAUUGCAUCUGAAUUUGACAAAAGAUUUAAGCUGCUUGUGUGUUUGUUGCAUUUUAUUUCUUUAGGCUGCUUGGUUAUUCUUGCAGUUGCCUUUAAUAUUAAUAUAUGCAUUAAGCUGAACGGUAGAGCAAUAAUGAAAAUUUUAAACACCCCUGUCAAUUUUGAGACCGUUGGAAA